AUGGGACCUAACUAUAAUAACUCUUUCGAGUCUUCCGUUAAUGACGACCACAGUACACGCUCUUCAAGAUACGAGUGCAAGAAUGCUCUCUUUCCUCCAUCACAACCUACAUCUUCCGUCGGGGGGACAUCAAUCCAAGAACAAUCCACAGCAAUGCAAAUAAGCCGCAAGUCAGGCUUUACCAAUCGUCUUCACGAGCUCAGUGCCAAGAUUGCUGGCCCAGUGAAUGGCUUCGCAAACAAGCUCGGAUGCGAGGCAUUCAUGCCUACCUCGCUAGACAAAGAGUGCGACAAAGCAUCACGAAUAUUGACAUCUUUCUGUGACGGAACACCACUUACGACCCCGUCGCCAAACGAGUCAUUAUCAAGACGAAAGGCAAUAGUCAGAAUUCCACGACAAGUCAUCAAGUCCGCUGCAGGUCUUGCUAUUUUCACCGCAUUUCGGUCUGGUGCGCAAUUCUCCUGGGGCAGCGGUUCUGGAGUUGUUGUAGCGCGACGAACAGAUGGGUCAUGGUCACCACCGUCUGCUUUUGCAGUUAACACUCUCAGCGUUGGCUUCAUGCUUUCCAUGGAUAUAUAUGACUGCGUAUGUGUUCUGCGGAGCCCCGAAGCCGUAGCCGCAUUCACCAAACCAAGAGUCUCCUUCGGUGGCGAGGUCGCUGUUACUGCUGGGCCGGUUGGUACUGGCGUUUAUAUUGAUUCGGCCGUUAACAGCGACGGGAUCGACGAGCCUAUAUGGAGCUACGUGAAGAGUAGGGGCUUCUCUAUUUCUCAAAUCGUCAUUCUCGCCUGCAGCAUCCUCGUCAUUUUUGCAAGCACUCUUUUCCUCAUCCCGAAAAGUGCUAUCCUCAGCCGAAUUGGUGCAGCGUUGGCGCUGAGCUGCUUGCAGUACUCCUUUUACACUUCCCUUUUAGAAUCCUCCCUGCCUCAAGCCCAGAUAACCGGCAUCUCUUUGUUCAGCUGGGGACUGUACGCCAAUGGCGCUGAGCAGGUUCUACUCUCGCGCUACGAUGCCGACGAUGUCCCCAUGGCAAAGGAAAGGCAUUCGGACCGUCGUUUAAGCACUGUCACCCGUCUUCUUCGUGCCAUGGGCAUGUAUUUUAGCCUGCGACGUGUUGGCCUACGAGGGGAGAUUUCGAUGAAGAAGCGGGUCCCCUCAAAUUCUAUUCUCUUUGUUACAACCAAGAUUGUUGAAUGCGUGGGCUGUUAUCUCAUCUUGGAUGCCAUAUUGCUCGCGCCGCGUCCAGAAGGGCACUUGAUCACGAGAGAAAAGCAGUCACUGUUCAACUUAUCAAGCUUGACUUGUGAAGAUCUAAUCUUUCGCAUUUCUAGUUCCCUUGGGAAUUGGGUUAUUGGUUAUGUCUCAGUACGAUUAGCCCAUGGCUUUGUAGCUGCGGUAUCUGUUUUGCUUGGUUUGUGUAAGCCAGAGGAUUGGCCGCACCUCAACGGGCCAAUAAGUUCAUGGUCCACUAUUCGAACCUUCUGGGGAACAUUUUGGCAUCAACUCUUCCGCAAGGCUCUGACUGGCUGGGGAGACUUCAUUCCGGAUAGAGUUCUCCGGCUCCGUCGCGGUACGCUGUUGUCGCGAUAUUCACGCCUGAUAUUGACAUUCUUCACUUCUGCGCUUAUGCACCGCUGCCUGCAUUACUUCUAUCGUCUUGAGGCCGGAGAGUGGUAUGAAAUUGAGACCUUUUUCCUUCUACAGCCGCUGGCGAUUAUGUUUGAAGAUGCGGCGCAAGCUGCAACGGCGCACGUUCCCCUCUCAAGGCCAUUACGUUGGAUAGUUGGGUUUAUCUGGUUAUGCGCAUUCUUCACGUGGGUGACGCCAACAUUCCUUUACCCUACUAUCCGAGUACCAGAUCCAGGACAGUUGCUUCCAUUUUCAGUCGUGGGCAAUCUUAUGAAGUAUUAAUAGAUGUACCCUGCCAGAAAUAAUUCUGAUUCUCUGUCAGAGCGACUGUAUCAGUCUUGGCGAACCUCAGCACUGCCCAACAAUAUAUGGCUCCUCAUUGCCUCGAUCGGAGACAUUUCAGUUUAGGAAGUCAUCACGGCUAAACAUACAGUUGAUGAGCCAAUCGCGCUUUUACAUAACCAGGAUAACUGAAAAGCCAAGGAAAAGAACUGGAUUUUUCUAAUGGAUUUCGUUCCGCAGCCAAUGGGAAAUAAACAUUC